AUGGGAGACUUUGUGAAGAUGACAAAGAAGAAGAAGAAAGGAACCUGCAAUGUUGGAGGGUGUCUUUAUUUGCUGCUGCUGUAUUUUGUUGAGCGUUUCCCGCUGGGAUUGUCUGUUGACCGGGGUUCAACAAGCGCCAUUGAAUAUUGGACCGAGGAGAAGAUAAAGGAGAGGGUGGAGAAAGAGAGAGGCAGCAGCAUGGGAAUAUUGCAUGGAAGCAGUGGCAGCGAGGUAUACUCAGCAGGACAUGAGGACAGUCCAAUUUUGCAGUCUUUAGAUCCGGCAUUGAAGGAGUUGAGGGCUCGUUUUGUGAAGAAGCUUGAAGAAAGCCAGAGGACGUUAAUGAAGGCUCUUGAUGAUGAGCUACUCAAACUGCAGAUUGGAUUGAACGCCAAAGUUAAGGGGAUGGGGAAUGAGAAUGCCACUGCUAAAGAAGGGGUUGAAACAGUUGGUGAUGCAGCUGGUAACGAUGCUGAAGAAGCUGAUGAUGUUGACCGAGUGGUGGAGGAGAUUGCAAGAGAGGUUGCAGCGGGAAGUGCAGAUGAGGAACUUGAUGAGGAUGAAACCAGCAAAGGAGAUGAUGAGAAGGAUGAGGAUGAGAACAACAUGACCUUCAUGACAGGGAAGUCAGUGAUGAUUACAUGGUUGAGGAGGUGGAAGAAGAGGGUGACCGUGAUGGUCAUGGAGGCCGAAGAUGAUGAUAAGGAGGUUCGGGAUUCAGAUGAUGAGGGGGAGGAAGCUACACAUGUACUGACAAUGACCCCUACCAAUGUUCCUUUGCUGUUGGAUCGAGAAUGGGUGAGCAGUGACAGUGGGGAGGAAGGAGGGCCUGAAAAAUCGAUUGACCUUAGGAGGUCAACAAGGGCAAAGAGUUCCACAAUUAAAUCUCCGUGGAUAGAAUUCAAGGCAGCUCCGAGGACGAAGAGGCCAAAGGAGGAAAGUGACAUCUUUUCACUUUAA